ACUCUGUAGUCAGUUCGGAGUUGCUUUCGUACUAGAUAGUCGUGCUGCAAGUUUCAGAAAAUACUUCGAUAACAAUUUUCAAUUAUCGUUGUACUUUGUGAAAAUAAUAUUUGUCCAGUAUUUAAUAAUAGUGAUAACAUUUUUGGUUUAUGUUCUAAUUUUAAACUAAUUGAACAAUAGUUUGUCGCUUUGCAUUCCUUGUGUAUCGUGAAAACUUGUGAACCGUGAGAGUUGGAAACUUGGUAACGGAUCUGCCAUAAAAAAUGCUACCGAGGAAAAAAGAAAUGAAGUGGAUUAUCAUAACAGUAUUAUGUCUAGUCAAAACUUCAUCGCAACAUGGAUCCGGGGCGCCACCUGGGGCUUGUCUGGACCAAAUGCCACGACACAGCGGCAUACUACCUCAGUCAUCGGUGCCUCCAUACGCUAUUUCGACGUCUGCUGCCCAAGUGAGGCAAGGUGACAGCAUCAAUGUUACAAUUGGAAGUCCUUUCGGGGCUCCAGUCCCUAUUGGCGGGUUUAUAUUGCAGGCCAGGGCUAUACAGAAUACAGAACAAAUAAUAGGCAAGUUCACAUCAGUGCCACUUCCAGAGACAACGCAGAUUAUAAGCUGUCGCGGCAACAAUGACACGGCGACUCAUUCAACGCCAGAAGACAAACCACCGCUUUCUUUUACCUGGCAAGCACCUGCUGACUUCUUGGGUGGCGUCGAGUUUCGUGCAACAGUCGCCCAGGGCUAUGCAACAUUUUGGCGAAAUGUCGAGUCGUCAUUAGUAGAAGUGGUAAGCCCUGACACGGAGAUCACCACUCCUUCUCCAGUUUCCAGCACCCAGAAGACCAAACAAGAUCCCCCUGUUAUUAUGGAGUCGAAGCCAAAGACAACUCCACCCCCUCUAGAUCUAAUCUACCAGGGCUGCGCAGACACAAAAUUAUGCUUCGGCGUACCUCAAAACUGUAUUUCAGCUGGGAACUGCAAAGCAAUCGUCUCAGUGUUUGUCGCUGGCGACGUCUACACAUUCGAAAUUCAGGGCACAGAUAAUCCCAAAUAUGUUGGCGCUGGUCUGAGUUUGGACAAUAAAAUGGGUGAUGACAGUGCAAUGGAGUGCGUAAGAAAUGAAAAUGGGCGGGUUAAUUUAUACACAUCAUGGACGUAUCCGAAAGCUGAGCCAUACGUCAAAAGGUCGGACUCACCACAGGAUAUAGUGCAAUUACUAGAGUCAUCGACAAUAGAUGGCAAGUUGUAUUGCAAGUUUAAACGAGAUGCGGUCUCUGUGGUUAAAGGGCAGACAUUCGAUUUGGCGAAUAAUAAGUACUAUUUGAUGGCGGUUUCCGGUGAUUCUAUGAAAGAUGUAGAACGCGUAGGCUUCCAUACUUUAGCUUACGAGUCAACUGGAGAGCCUCUCUCACUAGCCAGUGUAGGAGCUGCGGCUGGAUCAUCAAAGCUAUUGCUGAAGUUACACGGUUCCUUUAUGUUGAUCGCUUGGAUUGGUACUGCCUCACUGGGCAUUGUUUUGGCAAGGUAUUUCAGAAAAACUUGGGUGGGAAAAACAUUGGGCGGAAAGGAUAUCUGGUUUGCUAACCACAGAAUACUUAUGGCGGCGACUUGGUUACUAACAGUGGUUGGUUUUAUCCUGAUCCUUGUGGAGGUGGGAGGCUUCGCGACCACCGGAGAUAACCCUCACGCUAUCACUGGACUCAUCACUGUAAUACUGUGCUUCAUACAACCGAUAGGAGCAUACUUCAGACCUCACCCGGGUACACAAAAGCGUCCAAUAUUCAACUGGGCACACUGGCUGCUCGGCAAUGCUGCUCAUAUUUUAGGAAUAACAACAAUAUUCUUCGCCGUGUACCUUCAGAAGGCUGAGUUGCCGCCGUGGACUGUUUUUAUUUUAGCUGCGUUUGUUGUUUUCCAUGUCAUUAUGCAUAUAAUACUCUCGUUAACGGUGUGCGUAUCUGAAGGCCGUAUCAGCAACGGCCGUGUUAACUCGUUCCCAAUGAAAGACAUGUUAGGGCAUUCCAGACAAGUCAGUGCGGUCGACCGAAGCUCUGACGCGCCGUUUGCCAGCUUCAGAAAACAUCUUCUUGGAGUUUACGCGCCAAUAAUUUUAAUUUUCGUUGUAGCCGUUGUUUGUUUAGUAGCUUUAGCCCCGUUAGGUGACUUAUAGUUCUAUGAUGGAUGCUUAAUUAAUUAUGCAUGACGAGUGUGUCGUUUCAAAGCAUAAUUCUUAAUAAAACAAUUGACCCUUACAAAAUACUAAACAGUAAGAAAUACAAAAUCUGUUAUAACGACAUCGAAGGGACUACUUGGUACUGGACACUAUUUGGUCGUAAAAACCGAUGACGCUGUUAUUAAGUACCUAGUACAAUAGAAUUCAGUCGGGACCUUUGAUUAUGGUCAAUAUAACCGGUAUGUUGUUGUAAACGGUGACGUCGUAAACGAUUUUGACUGAAAUGUAAUUUAUUUCAAUUGUCUUGAGUACUAGAAUUAUUGAGAUAAAAAAUAUAACAAUAUUGAUUUUUUCUUAUUGUAUGAAGCAAUCGUAGAGAUUGGUGUAAUAAAAAACCUGUUUAAAUAUCAACCUUGUUCAGGUUUUUGGAAUCGUUUACAAAGCGAUUAUCUUGGAAACUAUGCUAGGAGAUUUUAACCAUAAUUCCACAGUCGCAGCAGGCUUUUCUUGGAAUACACAAAUAUUUUGUAAAUAUGUUUUAAUUAUAUUAUAUUCAUCAGUUAGUUCUCAAUUUACUUUCCAAUGAAACUGGAAUGUAUAAAACAUUUAAUGUUUAUAUGCCUAUAUAUUUAAUGCUUGAAGACGUAACACCUAAUAAUAAGUACUUAUAUUAAGUUAAGCACUUCCAAUAAUUGUAUCUUAAAGUUACCAAGUAAGGACGAGGUUUCCAAUGCAAUCUUUAGCACAAUGAAAACUUGUCGCUCUCGUAUAAUUUUUUAAGUUAGUAAAUAAGAUCAAACUUUUUCUAAUUAACGAUUUAUGGUACCUACAGUAUGUUCCAAGAGUGGUUUUAUAAAAAACAAAUUGCUACGAUUGUAUACAAAUUGCACCAAUUUAUAUCUCUUUAAUCAUAAAGCAUUUCGUUAGAUCGACUUCGAAAUAGAAUUCACUAUCUUUAUUGUCCUCUGACAGACAUGGCGGUUUUAGGGCGACUGAUUGAUCCACGUGCAAGUGGAAUUACGAAAUAAUGAUACGUCGACAAUAUUACAAAUGGAAUUACGAAAUUUCUAUAUGGACAAUAAUUACACCUCUACAGACUAUUUUUUGGGCGAUAGUUGCAAUAAAAAAUCAAUUAAAAUAUUUUUAGGAUUAGAGAUUCAGGAGUUCUUGAUUUGUCAACUAAGUUUCUGUCUCAAUGCGAAGCAGAUCCGCUACAACAAUAAUUGUAUUCUACAACUUUCAAUAUAACAAUCAAAUAUUCGUCUAUCGUUAAUUCUCACUUAUAAAUAAGUCUAUUUUGAUAAACUAAGAAUUGCAUUUUGUUAAAAUUUGUAAUUUUAUAAAGUACUUUUUAAUACUUAUUACGUAUUUACAGUUUAGCUUCAAGCUAGUAAAUAUACCAGUUAUUCUCCGUCCAUAAAUUCUGUGAUUCUUCACAUCAUUUAAAAUUUAAUAUGAAGGUUGUAAACCCUUAUUUAUUCUAUUUAAAAAUACAUGGUAAUUAUAUUAGUAUUAUAAGCAAAAAGUAUGUUGUAAAUAAAGUUAGUAUAAUACGGA